GUGGAAGGGGGACCGGGUGGAUCCUGAAGAUUUUUUUUUUAUAUUUUGUCGGUGGUGGUGGGUGGGAGGGGGGGGAUAAGAACAUUUUUUUUUUCUUCUUUUGUCGCCGUAUUUGGUCAAGAGUGUGCAGCGCCUGUUACCUCAGGAGGGAUCCGAUCAUGUCGGGCCAGUCGAUCACGGACCGGAUCACCGCGGCCCAGCACAGCGUUACCGGCUCGGCCAUCACCAAAGCGGCGUGUAAGGCCACCACACACGAGGUGAUGGGCCCCAAGAAGAAGCAUCUUGACUAUUUGAUCCAGUGUACCAAUGAGAUGAAUGUGAACAUACCGCAGAUGGCAGAUACGUUAUUUGAGAGAGCAACCAACAGCAGCUGGGUUGUGGUGUUUAAGGCAUUAAUCACAACGCAUCAUUUGAUGAUGUAUGGGAAUGAGCGGUUUAUCCAGUAUUUGGCUUCAAGAAACACAUUGUUCAACUUGAAUAACUUUUUGGAUAAAGGUGCCAUGCAAGGAUAUGAUAUGUCGACUUUCAUCAGACGGUAUAGCAGAUACCUUAAUGAAAAGGCACUUUCCUACAGACUAAUGGCGGUUGACUUCACUAAAAUGAAGAGAGGGACGGAUGGAGUAAUGAGAACUAUGAAUACUGAGAAGUUGCUGAAGACGCUGCCUCUAAUACAGAAUCAGCUUGAUGCACUCUUAGAUUUUGAUGCAAAUCCUAAUGAGCUAACUAACGGAGUAAUAAAUGCUGGCUUCAUGCUACUGUUCAAAGAUUCCAUCAGGCUUUUUGCUGCCUACAAUGAAGGGAUCAUCAACUUACUGGAGAAAUACUUCGAUAUGAAGAAAAAUCAGUGCAAGGAAGCCCUGGACAUAUACAAAAAGUUUUUGGCCAGAAUGACAAAGUUGUCUGAAUUCCUCAAAACUGCAGAGCAAGUUGGAAUUGAUCAGGGUGACAUUCCAGAUCUAUCUCAGGCUCCAAGCAGUCUUCUGGAAGCAUUAGAGCAGCAUUUGGCAUCUCUGGAAGGAAAAAAGACAAAAGAAUUCUCUGCAGCAAACAGAGCAACGACCCUAUCGAAUGCAGUCUCCACUCUUUCCAAUACAGGGAUGUCUUUGAGUAAAGUUGAUGAGCGGGAAAAACAAGCAGCUCUGGAAGAGGAGCAAGCUAGACUACAAGCUCUCAAGGCAAAUGAUGCUAUUCCACGUGGACUUCUGAUACAGGAGCAGCGGCAUAAAGAGAUACCAAUGCAACCCCAGUCAGCAACUGCAUCUACCACCGUGUCUCCGAGCUCCACAUCAGGGAAGAGUAUCAACACGUCGACAGCAGUUGAUCUAUUCGCAGUAGCCACACCAGUAUCAAGUACUAACAGUGCACCCAGUCUUUCCAAUGAUAUCUUCAAUAUGCAGUCAGCUUUUGUGCCAACAGUGCAGAGUACCCCAGCAAUAUCGACCUCAGCCAAUGCAUGGGGGGAUGUAUUUAACUCCUUUGCUGAACCAAGUCCUGCUACAUCUACAAAAAUUGAACAUUUUCCUGAGGCAGACAUGUUUGAUGCAGAUUCUUUCACCUCAAAAGGACCAGCUCCUGUUCCUGAAGUUAUUCCUAACCAUGAUCCUUUUCUUGGAUUUGCUCCUCAAGCUGUCCCUCAGAUGAUUGCUCCAACAGCAAUGAAUGUGGACUUUGACUCAGUGUUUGGAGCUAAGUUGGGUGCCAAUGAUGCCCAGAAUGCAAGCGGGUUUGGUCAACCAGGUGAAAUGUUGAUGCCAACUCUCCUCGCCAAAAAUCAGACAACAACUGCAGUGAACCAGCAGAAUAACAAGCUAUUAGCAACUGACCUGGAUUCAUCCCUUGCCAACCUUGUGGGCAAUUUGAAUUUUGGAGGAACCCCAAUGAAAAAAAUGGAUCAACAGUGGAUCCAGAGUGGGGAGAGGAAAUUGACAGGAGGAUCAAAUUGGCAACCAAAGACCGCUGCAUCAACCUCCUGGAGUGCCACACCAAUGAAUGUUCCUCCAAUGGUGCCGCCGCCAAUAUCUUUCCCAGUGUCAACACCUCAAGUGCCUGUAUAUGGAAUGGUACCUGGAAUGGGGACAGUGCCUGUGGUAGCACAGCAGCCAAUGAUGUAUCCUCAGACUGUAAUGAGGGCAACUAAUCCAUUUGCACCAGUUAAUGGAGCUCAGUUGCAGUUCAUGUAGAGACAGCAAUGAUAUAUCAACACACAGUACAGUAAGCACCAAAUAUCUGGAUGAAGGCAGAUGAAAACAGGCCAAGACUUGGGGCUUAAUCAUCAUUUUAAAAAUCUCAUUGAACUCGCAUUACCUUACUGCUUCCUAAUCUCUAACUUUUUAAUGAAGAAAUGCUGAAUGGAAAACAAUCCAAUCUGUAUUGAAUGAUUAUUAUCUGAGUGAGCAGGCUUGAAAUGAUGUUCAUAUUUAUUGACCUGUUCAGUGCGGUUUCUUUUCUCUGCUGAACGAAAUUGAAACAACUGUUCUAACCGCAAGAACAUGAAAGCUACCAGUAAUAUUAACAAGUAAAUGGAAACCUGAAAAGGAAUCAUCGGAUUCAGACACAUUCAAAAACAUUUCUUAGAUCCUGUCAGGCUGCUUGGGUUGGUUUAUUAACCUACAACCAGAUAAGUAUUUCAAUGCACAACAUUGAAAAUUAAAGUUUCUAUUGACAGUUGUUUACUUCCUUGUUCCUUUUGAUCAGCUUGGGAGGAUUUCAUCCUUUUAUGACUGGGUGCAUUGUAAUACAUGAUUUUGUUUUUGUCAGGCAACUGUUACUGGGAAUAUCAUUGUGCUUUGCUGUGCAUAAAAUGAGUAUUAAUUUUACAGUAUGUUUGAAAAGAAAGUAUAAUACAUAUAUCUGUGUGGUGUUUAUUCUGGAUAACUUCAAAUCAUGAAAUUAGCAUUUUUUUAUACAGUUAUCACUAACCUUUCUCAAUAUUAAAGUUAAGACUAGAAAUUGAA